GGCACUGUAAAUGUGACCGCGCAUACGUAAGUCAUACACAUUUGCAACAACUGACGAGAGGGUGUGAUAAACCUGCCUCUCUCACGCACACUGUUGAUCACAUGACCAUGUGGCUAACCAUUCUAUGUAAUGACCACACAAGGAGAGGGGUGGAAAAAAAGUCCUCUGAUCUCCACUUAACAUUGUGCUCAUACUAGUAAUCGAAAGCAGCUGGUCGUUUCCUGUUCGAUUCACGACACGGAGACGCUGAUGAGUAACGCCGGAAUCUUAAUUAUAUCCAAGUUAGACGUGAAGUGACAAAUCCAAAUGAUUGGCUAAUCUAUCCAAAAGAUGAAUCCUAUGAUGUGAAUUCUGUGCUCUCACAGGUGUGUGUGUGUGUGUGUGUGUGUGUGUGUGUGUGUGUGUGUGUGUGAGAGUGAGUUCCCUUUCAGUAUUUGGUGGAACAGAUGAAAGGCAGAACACAGCUCAAAAUUCGCGGUGGUCCAGUCGGCCGAGGCGACUUAAUUUGUCAUUUGAGAGGAGCGAUGGCCGAGGUCUCAGCCCUCACCCCUUCUCCUCCGGCGAUGACUGAUCAGUCAGUAGCUCCUCCUCCUCCUUCCUCUGCUCCCUCCCUCCCUUCAGAGUCGCCUAAACCUGCCACUGUCCCAAAAUCCGCUUUGUACGGAGACCGAGCUGUCAUGGCUGCCGCUGUAUUACCGCGACCAGUUAAAGAGACCUCUAUCCCUUCAUCACACGCCGGCGAGGCCAUGUCACCACUCCCUGAGAAUCCUGCUCCUCCUCCUGUUACAGCUGCUCCAGAAAGCACUUGUCCUCCUAGCCGAGGAAAAGAAGAUUCCCCGAUCACAGCGCAAACCGUCUCGUCAGAACCACCGGGAGGAGCGGCAGAUCCUGAAGCGCCAUCUUCUCCAGCACAGAAUCCCAUAACACCAUUCCGCCUGACCUCAAACUCCACCUCACACACGCCUCCUCAGUCUCCUCCUGCUCUUGUCCCUUUCGUUUCAGAUCCGUUGUCCGACCUGAAACCUGAUCCUCCCUGUCUCGUGGUUCAUGAUUCUUCGGUGCCGUUUAUAGGGCCGCCCCCUGCUCAAUCAGGCCCCGCCCUGGACACGCUGAGCUAUCUGGAGUCAGCGAGCAUGAUGUCGGGAACGUUGGAGUCUCUGCCGGGCAUCGGCGAAGAUGGAAGCUCGCUCGGGUCGGACUCGGAGCUCAACGGCCCAGUUAUGAGACGCACAGAUAAAUAUGGCUUCCUCGGAGGAGCACAGUACAGCGAGGGCAAUGCGGCGGAGAUCAGCUUGGAGGUGGCACGGCACCGAGAGAUCAAGUGGUUGGACAUGUUCAAAAACUGGGACAAGUGGAUCUCUCGCCGCUUCCCCAAGGUAAAGCUGCGCUGUAGGAAGGGAAUCCCGUCGUCUCUGAGAGCUCGAGCUUGGCAGCUUCUUUCCAACAGCGAGGAGCUUCUGAUGGCAAACAUUGGCAAAUUCGAGGAACUGGAGAGAGAGCCAGGAGAUCCGAAGUGGCUGGAUAUCAUUGAAAAGGACUUACACAGGCAGUUCCCCUUCCAUGAGAUGUUUGCUGCUCGAGGAGGCCAUGGUCAGCAGGAUCUGUACCGUAUACUGAAGGCUUAUACCGUCUAUCGACCGGAUGAAGGCUACUGUCAAGCUCAGGCUCCUGUGGCUGCGGUCCUGCUGAUGCACAUGCCUGCAGAGCAAGCGUUUUGGUGUCUGGUGCAGAUUUGUGAGAAGUACCUGCCUGGUUACUACAGCGCUGGACUGGAAGCGAUCCAACUCGAUGGAGAGAUUUUCUUCUCCCUGCUGAGGCGCGUAUGCCCCAUGGCCUACCGCCAUCUCAAGAAGUUUAAGAUCGACCCCAUUCUCUACAUGACCGAGUGGUUCAUGUGCAUCUUCUCCCGCACGCUCCCAUGGUCCUGCGUCCUCCGCGUCUGGGACAUGUUCUUCUGCGAAGGGGUGAAGGUCGUGUUCCGUGUGGGUCUGGUCUUACUGAAGCAGAUGCUGGGUUCUGUGGAUAAACUGCGGGAGCUGCAGGGAAUGUACGAGACUAUGGAGCGCCUGAGGAACAUCUCACCGGACAGCAUCAGAGAGGACAUACUGGUUCACGAGGUCACUGUUCUCCCUGUAACAGAGGCUUUGAUCGAGAGGGAGUGCACCAUCCAGGUGAAAAAGUGGCGCGAGUCUCGUGGUCCCCUGACCCACCAGCCGGGCCGUAGGCUUCACGGUACACGAGACCUCCACGAGCAAAAACGCCGUGCUGCUGCUAUCAGCUCCGGGGGAAGCUUGUCCUUCCUGGGCAGCUCCAUGUCCCCUCCUCCACCUGGCCCCCUGCGCUCCUCUUCCAGCCUCCUCUCUCUUCCUGGCUUCCGGAGAUCCAAAAACCCAUUCUCUUACGGUAAAAAAAGCAGUUUUUCCGGUCCGGAAAUGCAGAUGUUUGGAGGCGGGACUCCUAUAAUGAUAACAGCCUCAUCUGGGCCACCACGCCAACCCGUUUCUGCAGCGGCUCCACCCACUGAAAGCGCAGGAGGGCACAAGCCUAGCCCUUUAGCAACGAAACCCCCAACAGCACCAAAAUCUCCGGUGUCACAUUCUGGACCAGAAUCAACACCAGAACCAACAUCAGAGCAGAAAUCUGAGCCAACAUCAGCCUCGAAACCUGAACCAGAAUCAACAUCAGCCUCGAAACCUGAACCAGAAUCAACAUCAGCCUCGAAACCUGAACCAGAAUCAACAUCAGCCUCGAAAUCUGAAUUAAUACCAACACCAGUAUCAAACUCUGGACCAGAAUCCGGACCGGAACCCCCAUCAGUGCCAAAUUCCAGCAAGGAAUCUGCGCAUCCUCCCAUUCCAAACCAGCUCCAGCCCCCUCGAGUCGUCUCGGAGCAAGUUACCCCCACAAUCCCGUCUCCCACGGCCAACAACGUGCCUCUGCCUCCCUGCGAGGACGAGGGCAAGAAGAAGAAGAAAGGCAAGGAGGAAAAGAAAAGCAAGGAAGAGAAGAAGAAAGAGAAGGAGGAGGAGAAGCAGAAGGUACGAGAGAAGAAGGAGCGUGAUAAGGCAGAGAAGGAAAAAGCAAAGAAGGAGAAAGAGAAGGCUGAGGCGAAAAAGGACAAAGAGAAGGUUGAGGCAAAGAAGGAGAAGGCUGAGAAGAAGAAGGAGAAAGGGGGGAAAAAGAAGGACAAAGCUGCAAGCACUGAGACGGAGGAGAAGAACGGAGCCGCAGCAGCGAAAAACAUGGCUUAGUUUAAUGAAAAAAGUGAAUGGAGAAGGAUGUUUUUCAUCUUCAAGAGAACUGGAUCACGUUUUAUGAUUCUCAGAUCCAUUAGGAGAGAUAUUACACACACACACACACACACACACACACAGUCUGUAAAUAGAUCAGUAGUUCAUUAUUUAGUAAGUCAUCCAACCAUAAAGCGUUCAUCCGGUCCCUCUAAAUCAGGCGGCGACCCCUAAACUGAAUAAAGAUCAUCCUAGUCCUUGUUGUAGACUAAUCAAGGAGGCUGUAAUUAUUAACGUCUGUUAGCGUGUGCUUGUCCGUGUUUACAUGUUUGUGCGGUAGUGUAGUGUCACCGUUCGCCGUUUCUGACUUGACCUGUAGAAGGCGCUCUUUCAUCCUUCAGGAAGAAAUGAAAAGCAAAAAAACACAGGAAAAAACAAAAAAUGAAGUCUGGUUUGGCCGCUAGAGGGAUUGGAAGAGCAGGUUGAACUAAAACUGUGCUAGGAAUGGUACUGCGGUCGGAAUCGCGUGACUUCCUGCCUGACUAACAUAAUACUCUUGGUAACUUCUUAAUCUCGAGAUCUUAAGAGUCGUUAACCCUCUCGCUCUGUUUCUAUUUCAGCUAUCUGAUUGUUUUUGUACGUCUCUUUUUGGUUCAUCGAUGGCACUGAGGCUGGGCGGUAGGACAAACUUUAAUAUCAAGAUGCACAAACUACCAGCAAAAGUCUUUUGGUGACACUUUGAUUGAAUGUUUGCAAAAAUAAAUAGCUUACAAUUAAAAAAAAAAAAAAAGACGAGGGUCCCAUGACGUUGUGCCGCUUCACAGCUCCAGCUUCGACUCCAGGGUCCCAGGUUCGAUCCUGAGCUCGGGUAUAGUGUGUUGCAUGUUCUUUCCAUGUGUGUUCCCUUCAGGUUCUCCGGUUUCCUCCGACCUCAAAAAAAAAAAAAAUGCCAAUGCACAAAAUUGACCUGAAGUGUGAAUGCAUGCACAUGGUACCAUGGGUGUGUCCCUGGAUUCACCGUGACCCUCACCUAGAUUAAGCCCUUAAAGAUAGAUAAAGAUGGGGGAGUUCAGUACUUGUAUUUUAUUUUGCAAUUUUAAAGACGAAGUAAACGUCACAAAGCAGUUUGCUUCCAAUUAGAGAAAUUAUUUUAAAUAUAUUUUUGAAAAUGAUAUCACAAUCAUAGUGAUAUCUCAGAAAAGUAUAUUGUGAAAAUUGAUCACAAUAUCAAUAUAUCGUCCCAUCGCUUAGCCCUAGACUAUGUAUUCCCCCUCCCUUUUUUUUUUUUUUUUUUAAAUUCUUGCUUAUUUUUAUACAGUCCUGUGCAAAAGUCUUGGCAACCCCCCCUUUUUUUUCUUCUUUUCAUAUGAACUUUGUUAUAGAUUUCUAUUUUAUGACUUCUACAUUAUUGAAUCAAAACAUUACAAAAGCAUUUGAGUUCCAAACGUUCAUUUUUUUUCCCCAGCACAAAAUUAAAUGUUACAGGAAAAAAAAAAGUUUGUAUCUGAGCAGCAUAUUCCAUAAGAGAGCACUUUUCAGCUUAAUAAAGAAAACAUCAUGAAGGCUACUUUUUUUGUUGUUGUUUUUGGGUUUUGUUUUUUUUUUUUUUGUGCGCAAAAUGAAGUGUGUGUGUCAAAGUGUCCAGAAGAACUGUGGCUGGUUCUGAAAGAUGCUCAGUAAAACCUACAGCUCAUUUCCGCAUAAAACUGCACUCACUGGACCGGAGGCGACUAUUUUUAUUUAUUUAUUUUUUUUCUAAUUAAAUUUUUUUAAUAUAUAUAAACAAAGGGUCGUCUCACACCAAAUAUUUACUUUGUUAUAUUGAUUAUAGCUUACUAGUUACUGUUUUUUUGUUUGUUUUUUAAAUGUGGAAACAUUUCAUUUUUUUUAAGCCAUUUUUGGUCGACAGCAUUUCUGUACAUGUGCCUAAGACUUUUGAACAGUACUGUGUCUAUUUCUCUCGUUCCUUUGCUUUCUUUCUCCUCUCCUCUGUUUCAGUGUGAACUGGAAUCUCGAUGUUACACGGCAGAGUGAAUUGCAAAAGCAUAAUGGUGCGACAUGACUGCAGAAUCUUAACGUGUAGGGAGAAUGAAACAUUUGAACUUGACUCAAUGUUGGUUAAACCUGCUUGGACUUUGACCUCAGACUCCUAUUUAUUUGCUUGUCAAUGAAGGAAUUAGUCUGUUUGCACUGAACCCGCUAUUAUUAUUAUUAUUAUUAUUAUGUUUUGUCCUGAAGGCACCACUAAUAUUUGAUUUGCAUCGUUCUUUCUGAUGUUAAUGAAUAACGAUGUUCGGUAGCAUUAACGUCCGAGCUUGUCACCGUUAGGGCUCGAUCGCAUUGAUGUACAGUUUGUUAAUUUAACCAGAUGAACAAUUAGAUUGUGUAUUAUUUUAGAUUGUAUUAUUGUUAUUUUUCUAUGCAAGAAUCCAGAGGCCUGCGUGACUGGAAGUCUAACAGCUUUUAGAGGAAAUUGAAGGUGUGUUUUCAAGUCGUCAUUUCUUAGUUUCUUGGUUGUUUUGUUUUUGUUUGCACAUUUUUCUUUCCCAAAAAUUUUUUUGAGAACAAAACCAAGCUUAUUAUUAUUGAGUCUGUUCUAAAGUCACAAACAUUUACAGUAUUUAGUGCCCGUAAAGGCUAGUUUACUUUCUCACAAUUUACAUUUACAGCUUUUGAAACUGUCGAUCAGCCGAAAUGUUUGCUGCAAGGCUAACGUAGCUAACGAGUAACAGAUCGCACAAAAUCUUCUGUGAAUAUUUGCGGUAAAAUCUCAGACACUGUUACAGAUCGUAAUCUCAAUCUGAAAUGAAGUGUUGUAAAGUAGCAGGGACAAUCCAAAGUUCAAAAUCGAGCUUCAUCAGAAGUAGGUUUUGGAGGCGGGGCCUAAGGAGCAAAUCAAACUAUGCAGUGUUUUCAGUGCGUUUGAAUGGGACCCUGGUGUGUUCUCCCCCUCGGCGUGGUUCUUUAGGCCCAUCAGAACUUAGCAAUCAGAUUUGGUUGUGGACCAAACAAGUGGUCCAAGAGCAUCUGAGUGACCGCAGUGAGGAAGAGAUUUGACUCCGUGUCAUUUCCUGCAGUCAAGUUGAUUGUCAGUCGAUGUGUGUAUGGUGUUUUGUGGACUCGACUGCAGGAAAUGAUUCAAUCAAGCCAUGUGUGGUAUUCUUUUUCUUUUCUUUGUAGGUGUGAGCUGCCAAACUUAUCCAUGAGAUGCGAAUAAGGACAGAGCUGUAGUGCUGCAGAAAUGUUGUGUUCUGGAGAUUUGGACCAAUGGACAAAAAGAGAAAUAAACACUGGAUGUGAGACACAAAGUGUUUUAAACUAUAGAUAAUUAUCUAAACCUUUUUGUAUUCCUGCAGGGUGGUUUUUUUUAAACUGUGUUGUAUUAAAACAAACCAAAGUAUCAUUUUCACUCUGUAAUGUGGACGAAAACAAUAAAGCAUGAAGAAAACAUUUAUGCAAAACCUUUUGAGGGAGAUCUGUCUGUCCGUCUGUCUAUCUUCCGAAGCGCGUCAUCUACGACAGUUUUGAAGCGAACAUCUCGGCUGGUUGACUGAUUUCAGAUUUCUCAUGAAGUUAUUCCUUUAGGAUUGUGUUAAAUAUGUUGCACCCCAUUUGUCAACAUAAGGUUUUGUUUUUUUUUUUUUUCUUUUGUUUUUUAAAAUUAUUUAUGGUGAAGGUUUGAGUCUGUACUGUAGUAAUGUUACUAUAUUAUGGGAAAUGUUUUUGCAUCAUCUUUGUGAACCACCGGAACGUUUCAUACAACAGUGUGUCAAUGUUUCUAAACGAGCUCCACCCCUCGAGGCAUGCCGCAGUAUUAUGCAACAAAAAUUGAUCAGCACUUUGGAAACCGGACCAUACCAUCCAUCCAUCCAUCGGGACUGUCUGAGAACAUUAAUGUGAUGAUGUGCAAGGUGUUUCCCUCGUGGUCUUGUUCUGUGGUGCUGUUUUUUUUUUUUUUUUGUUCCCUCACCUCUAGGUGGUGCCAUUUUUUUUUUUCGUUCCUCCCCCUCUUAAAAACAAGUGGUGCUUCACUUGGACCACGUUGGCAGCUGUGUUCUGAUAUUGUUUUUAACUCGCCCUUCAUCAAUCAGUCCUUGGUGUCAUAACAGUUCUGAGAAUUUUAUUAGAUGUUUGAGGAUGCUUGGGUUUCAGGAGCACAAUUUACCUAGAAGGCAUUUCUACAGACCAAGAAUUCCAAACAAGGCUUUUUCAGUGAAAGCAGAAGCAAUAAGAUGAUGCUAAUGUUUCACAGAAAUAUGAUUUUGCUCUGCCAGAUGAUGAUGAUGAUACGACUCUACAUGUUAUUGGUGGCAACGAGGGCGUUUUAUAAACCGUAUCGGAACACAGUGUGUGUCUAUGCAAACCCUAAACCCCAGAGAAUGACUCCUUCUGAAGCACGUUCUUUCAGUGUCCGUUUUGGCUAUUUGAAGGAGCAGAGGAACAGAGUGAACUUCAGAAACGGUACUUUGCUCAGAAUUGUCCGAGUUUUGGUGAUUUAUUUUGUGACUGAAUAUGCCAAAAAAAAAAGUCCAGUUUUAAACCUCUACAGCUUCAAGCAAUCUGAUAUUGUGAUAAUGUGGGGUUUAAAGAAAUUUGAAUUUCAGUGUCUGCGUUUUUAGCUUCAGCACUGAAGCGUGCUUUACAGCAUCUUGGUUAUCUCCUCCCACAAGAACCAGCAACCCUUUUUAACAAACGCCCCAUGUUUCUAUUGGUUUAAGAGCUGAAACAACUUCAAAGUGUAGAAUUUUUGUAAUAAACAAGUAGUGCUAGAUAAUGACGACACACCAAGAAGACAGAUCCAUGCUGGUGUGGUCAUGAUCAGGUUUUAUUGCAGCAGUAGCCCAUGUAAACAUCUUGAGCUGUUCAAAAUGACAUCAUAACCAUCUUGGCUGUUUUGCAGUGCAAGUGGAAAAUAACUACUCGAUAGUAUUUCAUGUUUCAGAAUAGGCAUGUGCUGGUGUUACUCUUUCGUAUUGCGAUAAUUGCUUAAAAUGUAUCGCAAUUAUUUAUCGUAUUUAAAAACAAUACCAUAGUAAUCCCAAUAACUACUGAUUUUUUUUUUUUUUUUGCACAAGUGACUCUUAAUGUCCAUUACGUUUCAGGCGUCCAGUGGUUCGGUUCCUAGAACCUUUCAAAUAAACUACCUUUACAGAACAAGCGUUUUUAAACCGCGGUCUCAAUGGAACAAAAGCUCCACCCACUGAGGCAGCGCCCACCUAUGAAAAUUAUCCAUAAUAACAUGCUGCGUCCUAAAUGUUACGAUUUAACAUGUAACUCAUAAUCAGCACAUCCCUGGGGUUCGCACUUAAUACGUCAACUUUCAUGAACCUGAGAACAGAUUACUCUGCUGAUUAGAAAUUCACUCCCUCACUCAGUGUUUGGUUUGUUUGUUUGUUUGUUUGUCUGUUGGCUUUUUGUUUGUUUGUUUGAAGUGUUCAUUUUAACAUUUUUAAAAAUAUUUUUAAGACUGGCUUUCUUUAAUCCCAUCUUGUCAUGUGUCUGUCUUGUGUUGGUGUUUGUUGUUUUGUUUUUGGUUUUUUUUUUUUUUUUAACACCGAACCUUGAAAAUAAAAUUAAAUCCUAGCUCGUCAUUCCUUAACUACAGAAGAGGAAAAUGUACACAGUGUAUUUAAUUAAUCAUUACGAUAACGAUAAUAAUUGUGAUGAAUAAUA